CCAAAGUACAGCCUGUGUUUCUGGACGGGAACAUUUAGUGGCUGGUACACUUCAGAAGCAGCUAGUAUGCUAGAUUAGCUUGAGCAAACCUCUCUACCGUACGAUUGUUUUGUCGUUGCCACCGCUUGUUUUUACUUCAACAAAUAGCGCUCAGUGAUGGACGACACGGAGCAGACCAAAGACAGCACGGACCGCUCCGACCUGGUUUCUGAGGACGGUAAGAACAGCAAGUCGGUGCUGUGCCAGCGCUGCGGGUCUAAAGUGCUGUGCCCGGGGAUGGCUGUGUUUGCAGAGAAAGAGCUGUUCCUCCCCUCGAUGCGGAAAAAGAGUGGCCUCAGUACCACAGAUGGCUCAGUGGAUGGGGACACUCUCACCACCCACUGGUUCGUGGACGACAUGUACACUUUUGAGAACGUGGGCUUCACUAACGACGUGGGGAGAAUUAAGUAUCUCAUCUGUGCAGAUUGUGAGAUUGGACCAAUCGGCUGGCACUGUUUGGAUGACAAGAAAAGUUUCUACGUCGCUGUGGAAAGGGUGAAUCAUGCGUAGUGUUAAUGCUGAUAUGAUCCCCACAAGAACUUUUUUGUUUUUAAAUGUGUUGGCAGGCUGUGCAACUUUUUUGUGGAUUUACACUCUGAGUUGACUCCGAGCAACGUAACACAUCACACACACUCACACAGCGACAACAAUGUGACCAUUCUGCUCUAAUAAAAUCAUUUUUUGGGAAGGUGUUGAUGUCGUCCCCCAGCUGUUUCCUGCAGAAUGCCAGUUUCUUUUUCUCAGUGUCUUUUAAUCUCAUCUCAUCAGUCAUGUUGAUGGAAUUGAGAUAUCUGUGUGGAGUCUGUUUACAAGAGUUAGUGCUCAAUAAUGUGUGGAAUAGUUGUGUGUUAGUGUUGCUUGUAAAUGAUCUGGGAACAUCCUCUACCACUGAAUCAAACAACAAGCAGGAAGGCAAAAAGGUACAUAUACAUAAAGACAAAGACGUAUACAGUAUACAUAUUCAUGACAGACAUUUAAAGGCAACACUAUCUGCUAUGGAACCAGUCAGUUACUAAACCACCAGCUGCUUUUCGGGGUCUUGUUAGUGGGAGUCUAAUCAGCAGACAGACUGUUCAGUUAUUUACACAUAUCAACAUUCAUUAAACUGCAUUAAAAAAGUUGUGUCCUGAAACAUUUAGUCAAUCAGCAGUAAAUGAGACAUUUCUGAUAACUGAUUUAACCUAUAAGAAGAUUAAAAAGGAAACUUUGUUAAGUUAUGGCGUCUCAAAUAAUGAGGAUUUGUUAAUGUCCGUUAUUUAACAUUGUAAAUGAAAUAUACCUUUGGAUUUUGGACUGUGCAUCUAACAAAACAAACAGUCUAAAUACGACUGGUGGAUGAUCCUGGAAACUUGUGACUUCAUUGUUUUUUUUUACCUUAAAUAAGUGAAUUGGUUACUAUUUUAAUAGAUUAUUCAAUUCUGUAACUAAUAAAUUGAUGAAUCCCUAUACAGUUA